AUGGCCGACGCUCUUGCAUCUCAGCUCAGCAAUACCACUCUAGGAGAAGCCAAUUCGGAAACGAAAUGGAAGGAACAAUUGAAUGUGCCUGCAAAGGAUGCGAGACCGCAAACUGAGGAUGUGACCGCUACCAAAGGUCUAGAGUUUGAAGAUUUCUAUAUCAAGCGAGAGCUCAUGAUGGGCAUCUUUGAGGCUGGCUUCGAGAAGCCUUCUCCCAUCCAGGAAGAAACGAUACCAGUAGCUCUUACCGGCCGUGAUAUUCUAGCCCGCGCAAAGAACGGUACCGGAAAGACAGCGGCAUUCGUAAUUCCUACUUUGGAACGCAUCAACCCGAAAAGCACAAAGACCCAAGCGCUUAUUCUUGUUCCAACAAGAGAGCUUGCGCUGCAGACCUCUCAAGUCUGCAAAACGCUUGGAAAGCAUUUGGGGAUCAACGUCAUGGUUACCACUGGAGGAACAGGGCUGAUGGACGAUAUCAUCAGACUGAACGAUGCCGUACACAUCCUCGUUGGGACACCGGGACGAGUGCUAGAUUUGGCCAGCAAAGGUGUCGCUGAUCUCUCAGAAUGUCCCACAUUCGUCAUGGAUGAAGCUGACAAAUUGCUGUCACCUGAAUUCACCCCGGUCAUCGAGCAGCUCUUGUCAUUUCACCCCAAAGAUCGUCAGGUGAUGCUCUUCAGUGCCACAUUCCCACUGAUUGUUAAGUCUUUCAAGGAUAAACACAUGCGCAAUCCUUACGAGAUUAAUCUCAUGGAUGAGCUCACCCUUCGAGGAAUUACUCAAUAUUACGCGUUUGUUGAGGAAAAGCAGAAGGUGCAUUGUCUGAACACUCUCUUCUCGAAGCUUCAGAUCAACCAGUCAAUCAUCUUCUGCAAUUCCACCAACCGAGUUGAACUCCUCGCAAAGAAGAUUACUGAGUUAGGCUACUCGUGUUUCUAUUCACAUGCACGCAUGCUCCAACAGCACAGAAAUCGAGUUUUCCACGAUUUUCGCAAUGGUGUGUGCCGCAACCUCGUCUGUUCCGAUCUGCUCACUCGAGGUAUCGAUAUUCAAGCUGUGAAUGUUGUUAUAAAUUUCGACUUCCCAAAGAAUGCUGAAACAUACCUUCACCGAAUUGGUCGUUCUGGUCGGUUUGGACAUCUGGGUCUUGCCAUCAACCUUAUCAAUUGGGAGGACCGCUUCAAUCUAUACAAGAUUGAGCAGGAACUAGGAACAGAAAUACAACCCAUUCCUCAGAACAUUGACAAGAAGCUCUACGUAUACGAUUCGCCGGAGACAAUUCCACGUCCGAUCUCAAAUCCUCCUCAGCUACGCCAAGCAACACAAUCAGUGACUGCUGAGCGCCGCCAUCAGAACCAUGCAAACAGUGGGCAGUACCAGUUCAACCGUGGCCGGGGCUCGUACCGUGGUCGCGGACAGGGUCAGCGUCGAAGCGUACAGAAUGAAAGCAACAAGUUCAAUCACCCCCAGGGCCAACAGAGUGGCAAAUCACAGAUGGCCCCCGUCUCAUAA